AUGAUGAAGCCAUCCAUGCUCAGAUCCCUCCACUCCGCUGCUACCCGCGGCGCCUCCCACCUCUCCCGCCGUGGCUACGCCUCCGAGCCGGUGCCAGAGCGCAAGGUCGCCGUUCUCGGCGCCGCCGGCGGGAUCGGGCAGCCUCUCUCCCUUCUCAUGAAGCUUAGCCCCCUCGUUUCUAGUCUCUCCCUCUACGAUAUCGCCGGCACCCCUGGUGUCGCCGCCGACGUCAGCCACAUUAACACCAGAUCUGAGGUUGUGGGGUACCAAGGUGAAGAACAGCUUGGAAAAGCUUUGGAGGGUGCAGAUGUUGUUAUAAUUCCUGCUGGUGUCCCCAGAAAGCCUGGAAUGACUCGUGAUGAUCUUUUUAAUAUCAAUGCUGGCAUUGUCAAGACACUAUGUACUGCUAUUUCUAAAUACUGUCCCCAUGCCCUUGUUAACAUGAUAAGCAAUCCUGUGAACUCCACUGUUCCUAUUGCUGCUGAAGUUUUCAAGAAGGCUGGAACAUAUGAUGAGAAGAGAUUGUUUGGUGUUACCACCCUUGAUGUUGUUAGGGCAAAAACUUUCUAUGCUGGGAAAGCCAAUGUUCCAAUUGAUGGUGUCAAUGUACCUGUUGUGGGUGGCCAUGCAGGCAUCACUAUUCUACCCCUAUUUUCUCAAGCUACACCAAAAGCCAAUCUUGAUGAUGAUGUCAUCAAGGCUCUUACAAAGAGGACUCAAGAUGGAGGGACAGAAGUUGUGGAAGCUAAGGCUGGAAAGGGUUCUGCAACCUUGUCAAUGGCCUAUGCUGGUGCGCUUUUCGCAGAUGCUUGUCUCAAGGGCCUCAACGGGGUCCCAGAUGUUGUUGAGUGCUCAUUUGUGCAAUCCACUGUCACCGAACUUCCCUUCUUUGCUUCCAAGGUGAGGCUUGGGAAGAAUGGUGUGGAGGAAGUUCUGGGCUUGGGACCUCUCUCGGAUUUCGAGCAACAAUGCCUAGAUAGCCUUAAGGGUGAACUCAAAUCAUCAAUUGAGAAGGGAAUCAAAUUUGCCAACCAGUAA